AUGGAACAGUCUUCCCUCAUUUGUGAACCUGUGUCUUCCGAAUGUGAUUUUAUAUUUAAGUGACAGUCUUAUCUUGUGUUGUGUUUAUUUGUGCUUUAUAAAGCAAUGAAAAGUAACUUUCCCCAGCACUGGUCUGGACUGUAGGCUGAAGUCUCCAAAGCUGAUUUAUCAACCAAAAUUUGAAUGUUUUGAGAUUAAUUCUCCCUCUGUGUCAUUUCCAAAAGCUACAAAAAAUGGUAUAAUUAGUAGUAUCAUUAACAUUUUUGUUUUAGAAUUUGAUUUUGUGUUAUUAAACUAUUAUCUCUAUUUUAAUUAAAUCAAAGGUCAGUUUGUUUUUAGAGCCUGCAUAAAUAAUACAUAUGCAUUUCUUUGUGUUUAUUUAUUUUUCCAGUGUUUUAUAUGUCUGGAUGUCUCAUUCAUUUCUGUUUUUUCUUUCUCUCUCUCUCUCUUUCUCUUGGUUGUCUGCAUACUUUGCGUUUGUUGUGAGAAGGAAAGCAGGCAUUUUGCCCAGCCUGGAAGAUCUGCUGUUUUACACCAUUGCAGAGGGCCAGGAGAAAAUUCCAGCUCACAAGUUUACUACGGCACUGAAAUCCACAGGUCUGCUUACUGGAGACCCUCGUCUUAAGGAGUGUAUGGAGAUGUUAAAAGUCACCAUGAAGACCACAUCAGAUGGCGCUCUGGAUCGACAUCUCUUCAAAAAGUGUGUGCAAAGCAACAUUGUGUUGCUAACUCAGGCCUUCCGGAAAAAGUUUGUCAUUCCUGACUUCCAGUCAUUCACCUCUCACAUCGAUCAAAUUUAUGAGAGCGCUAAAUCAAUGUCGGGUGGCCAGGUGGCAGAUUACAUUCCUCAGCUAGCAAAAUUUAGCCCUAAUCUCUGGGGUGUUGCCUUGUGCACCGUAGAUGGCCAGCGGUACACUGCGGGUGACACCAAAGUUCCAUUUUGUCUUCAAUCGUGUGUGAAGCCAUUAAAAUACGCAAUUGCUGUUCACGAUCACGGCACUGAAUACGUGCACCGAUUUAUUGGGAAGGAACCCAGCGGUCUUCGUUUCAACAAACUGUUUCUUAACGAAGAAGAUAAACCUCAUAAUCCAAUGGUAAACGCUGGUGCCAUAGUAUGCACUUCUCUCCUCAAGCAAGGUGUGAGCAACGCUGAGAAGUUUGACUAUGUGAUGAACUUUAUGAAUAAGUUGGCAGGAAAUGAAUAUGUUGGUUUCAGCAACGCUACGUUUCAGUCAGAGCGACUGUCAGGUGACAGAAACUUUGCCAUUGGUUACUACUUGAAGGAAAAGAAGUGUUUCCCAGAGGGUACAGAUAUGAUCUCCAUCCUGGACCUUUACUUCCAGCUGUGCUCCAUUGAGGUAACGUGCGAGAGCGCCAGCGUGAUGGCAGCUACCCUGGCGAACGGCGGCUUCUGUCCAAUCACGGGCGAGCGCGUGCUGAACCCCGAGGCUGUACGGGACACUCUGAGUCUCAUGCACUCCUGCGGCAUGUACGACUUCUCCGGACAGUUCGCUUUCCAUGUUGGUCUCCCGGCUAAAUCGGGUGUUUCUGGAGGCAUCCUACUGGUGGUCCCCAAUGUGAUGGGCAUCAUGUGUUGGUCUCCUCCUCUUGACAAACUGGGCAAUAGUGUGCGAGGGAUCCAGUUUUGCACGGAUCUGGUCCAGCUCUGUAAUUUCCACAACUAUGAUAAUUUACGGCAUUUUGCCAAGAAAUUGGAUCCACGCCGAGAGGGUGGAGACCAGCGGGUGAAGUCGGUUAUUAAUCUGCUGUUUGCGGCCUACACCGGAGACGUGUCAGCUCUGAGAAGGUUUGCGCUAUCGUCGAUGGAUAUGGAGCAGAGAGAUUACGACUCUCGGACGGCCCUUCAUGUCGCUGCUGCUGAAGGUCACACUGAGGUUGUGCGUUUCCUCCUAGAGGCUUGUAAGGUGAACCCAGUGCCCAAAGACAGGUGGGGUAACACUCCCAUGGACGAGGCCAUUCAUUUCGGCCAUCAUGACGUCGUAACGAUCCUGCAGGAUUAUCACAAUGCUUACAGCCCUAAGGAGACCACUGCUGACAGCGAAAAGGAGACGGCAGAGAAGAAUCUGGACGGGAUGCUGUAGAGAUGAUCUGUUGCGUUAAAACACUCCAGAUUUUUCCCAGCGAGUCUGUGUGUCUGAGGUACGCAUUUGAGAAGAAUCCAUGUAAAACACACCUUUACAGUGUUGUGAUGUUUAUGUGUAUGAUGUGUAACCUCUGUUAACAUGGUCAUUUUGUUUUAUCUUACCCUUGGGGGAGUGUAGCCUCAUAAAGUCUUAUUUAGCUGUAUCUCCACAUAAACACAUUUUGAAUAGAAUAUACUCAAUACUUCUAUAUGGUUCAUGUACAUUCAUGUAUAGUUUGAGAACCUUCAUAGAUGCAUAAUAAUGUCAGAUAUUUAAGAAAAUAUAUCUAGGAAAAGGCAGCUUGAUUGGAGAGGGUAGCACUGGGAGGGAUGUGUGUCAUUCUGAUAUUUUUUUUUUAAACACUUGUUCUUUGUUCUACUUAAGUCUUAACUUAGGUAUCAACAUGUAGACCAAUAGUAGUUAUUUAUGCCUUUUAAUUGUGUAGCUUGUGAAUAUGUUCCAAAAAUGACAUUGUUCUUUGUCAAAAACAAAAAAAUAGCACUUUUACAUUUUUUUGCACAAUUUUUUUUUGUAUUGUUUAUUUGUUCUUCAAUAUUUUUCUUAAUUAAAUUAAAGUAACACUUUACAUGAAGUUUUUUUAAUUAUUUUUUAUUACUGUUACAUUUAACAUUAGUUAAUUUAGGUAUCAUUCUAAUAAGUAACAGAAUUGAUUAAUCUAGCCAGUUAAAAAUAUAUUCUUUUUCAUUGUUCAUUCAUAUUGAUUCAACAUGUGAUAUGUGCUAUUAAUUUAAAAUUGAACUAAAAUGUAUUAUCUGUAAAAAUUACAAAAAAUAACUAAGAUUAAUAAAUGUUGUAAAAGUAUUAUUCAUUGUUAAUUCAUGAUACACAUCUACCUAAUGUUAACCAACUGAAACUUAUUGCAAAGUGUUACUGAAAUUCUUUAUUUAUUUAGUUAUUGAAAUUGCUUCCAUUGUCCUCAUUUGUAAGUUGCUUUGGAUAAAAAAGUGUUUAAGAGUAAAUUACUUUUAAGCACUAGAAGGACCUUUUUUAAUUUUCCCUGCAUUGGUUAUCUAUGUGAUUAAUGUCAACAAAUUAAACUUAUUGUAAAGUGUGUCUGAAAUUCCUUUAAAGCACUAGAAGGACAAUUUUUAUACCUGCCUGUUCAGUGUACUACAGGAAUUUCCUGUAUUUGAUAGCCAUCGAACUAACUAAUGUUAACAAAUUGAAACUUAUUGUAAAGUGUAAAGCACCCAUUUAUUGUACUACAGGAAUUCCUUGUAUUUAAUACAUGUAUACUUAACUAAUGUUAAAUGAAACUUACUGUAAACUGUCACUGUAAUUACUUUUAAGCACUAGAAGGACCAUUUUCUUAUCUGCCGGUUAAUUGUACUACAGGAAUUCCUGUAUUUUGGUACCUUUUUACUUUACAGUUGUUAACAUUAGUGAAGUGUCACCAAAAUUACUUUAAAGCACUAGAAGGACCAUUUUUGUUCCUGGACUUUAUUUGUAUCACAGGAAUUCCUUGUAUGUGAUACUUAUCUGCUUAAUUUUAACACAUUGUAACUUACUGUAAAUUGUUACCGAGAUUACUUCAAAGUACUUGAAAGACCAUUUUUCACCUGCUCGUUCAUUGUUACAAAAAUGUAUGGUAUGUCAAACCGAUACAACUUACAGUAAGUUUCAAUUUAUUAACAUUAGUUAAGUGUCACUGAAAUUAAUUUAACCACCAAAAGGAUGAUUUUCAUAUCUUUUUGUUUAUUGUGCUACAGGAAGUUCCUGUAUUUUUGAAAAGGAACAUUUUUCAAUACUUAAGCAUACUGGAAAUCUUACAGUAGUUGACUUAUGAAUAAUUAUGUGGAAAACCAACAAAAGUAACAUCCAAACUGGGUUGCAGUGUCACCUUUGCUUCGUCUGCAAGACAUUUAAAUCCCGGAUGUGGAUUUGUUGUGUGAUUUUUAGUUUAGCGAUCAUUUGGAAAAAUAACCAAGUAAAAAAUUUCAAAUGUUGUUUUAUUCUUAGUACAUGGUGAAAUGACAAUUAAGAUUGGAAGUUAAAAAGAAUAAAAAAAUGCACUGGCAUUGAUUGCUAUGGACAAAAUGCAGGCUAAACAGUCCCGUCAGUUGUCUAUAACCACAUGUUGUAUGCAGAAAAGCACAGUGAUUGUUCUAAUGUACAGUACGGAUGACAAAGAGAAACGCACAUACUUGAAAAACCUCCAAAGCUAAGGCAAUCUCAAUUACGUGAAUUCUUUUCUAGUGGGACACUGUUGUUAAAAUGUUGUAAAUGUGUGUUUUGUAGUGUGUGUGUGUGUGUGUGUGUGUGUGUGUUGAUAUACAUGCUCAACUGUGGACAAUUGCAAAAAAUUGAAGCA